ACUUUAUCGCCCAAAAGCCUCCACACCCACAUUCCAUCAAAGCCCCGCCCACAGAAGGCUGUCCACCUCCACAAGACAACCAAUCAGAGUCGAGCGUUCGCAAAGAGGGGCGGGGCAAGCCCCCCGAAUAUACCCUGUGCGCUGAUAUGAUCCAGGACCUCAUUCUGCACGGUCCAGAGUUCUUGGACAACGCCCACGGACAAGCACUUGUACACAACUGUCCCGUCAAGCCCGACCUAUUCCCUGCCCACACUCUACACAUCCGCUGGCGACAGGGGCACAAACUCCCGUCCUACACGCCACAGGCCGUGCACGCUAUCCUGCAGAGGUAUGGUCAAGUGACGUUCCUGUGUCAACUGUCCCACAACUCGGUCCUGGCUGUGUUCGACUCGCUGGGCACAGCCCGCCGCCUAAUGCAGUGUGGGAGGGUGGGUCACGGCUGCUCUCCCCUUGUCUGUGACUGGUGGUGCCUGGACAUGAACAGGUACGCGCGCCAAGAAGAAGAAGCAGAAGCCCGGGCCAACGAGCAUCCGAUCCGCGUAGUCCGGCACAGCGCGGGGACGCUGUACAACAUACACUGGAGACGCAUGGUGGAGAAGGUUAGGCACUCUUGCAGGAUGCAGGACCCCUUCUUCACCUACAGACGGAGGGACUUCAUUCCCUGACCGGCGGCUUCAGCAACAGCAGCAGCAGCAGCUACUACAAUAAAGACAACAACAACAGCAGUAAAGACAGCAGUAGCAUCAGCA